AUGGCUGGAGCUUUGAGCAACGCGAAGAAGAACCUCAUCAGGAUCUCUGACCAUGAAAACGAGAAGGACUUUGGAUACGUCUAUGGUGUCUCCGGUCCUGUCGUCGUCGCCGAUAACAUGCAUGGUGCUGCCAUGUUCGAGUUGGUCCGUGUUGGUCACGACGAGCUGGUCGGAGAGGUCAUUCGUCUUGAAGGACACAAGGCCACCAUCCAGGUCUACGAGGAGACUUCCGGUUUGACUGUCGGCGAUCCCGUCCUUCGUACUGGAAAGCCCCUGUCAGUCGAGUUGGGACCUGGUCUCAUGGGCAACAUCUACGAUGGUAUUCAGCGUCCCCUGAAGGCUAUUAGCGAUCAGUCCGACAGUAUUUACAUUCCUCGCGGUAUCUCCACCGUCGCUUUGGACAGGAAGGUCUCCUGGGACUUUGUUCCCCAGAACUUCAAGGUCGGCGACCACAUUACUGGAGGCGAUGCUUAUGGUGCUGUCUACGAGAACAGCUUGGUCACCAACCAUUUGAUCACCCUUCCUCCUCGUGCUCGCGGAACCAUCACCUACAUUGCCGAGAAGGGCUCGUACACUUUGGAGGACAAGGUUCUGGAGAUUGAGUUCAACGGCGAGAAGCAAGAGUUCACCAUGAUGCACAUGUGGCCUGUCCGUACGCCUCGCCCUGUCGCUGAUAAGUUGGUUGGUGACUACCCUCUCUUGACUGGACAGCGUGUCUUGGAUGCCUUGUUCCCUUGUGUUCAGGGUGGUACCACCGCUAUUCCCGGAGCUUUCGGAUGCGGAAAGACUGUCAUUUCUCAGUCUUUGUCCAAGUACUCCAACUCGGACAUCAUUAUCUAUGUCGGAUGCGGUGAGCGUGGAAACGAGAUGGCUGAGGUCUUGAUGGAUUUCCCCGAGUUGUCGAUCCAGGUCGGCGGUCGCCAAGAGUCCAUCAUGAAGAGAACCACCUUGGUUGCCAACACCUCCAACAUGCCUGUCGCUGCUCGCGAGGCUUCGAUUUACACUGGUAUUACCCUUUCGGAGUACUUCCGUGAUCAGGGCAAGAACGUUGCCAUGAUGGCUGAUUCUACCUCUCGUUGGGCCGAGGCUCUUCGUGAGAUUUCUGGUCGUCUUGCUGAGAUGCCCGCCGAUUCCGGUUACCCAGCCUACUUGGGAGCCCGUCUUGCCUCCUUCUACGAGCGUGCCGGAAAGGUCGUCUGCUUGGGUAACCCCAGGCGUGAGGGAUCCGUCUCUGUCGUCGGAGCUGUCUCGCCUCCUGGAGGAGAUUUCGCUGAUCCCGUCACCCAGUCGACUUUGGGUAUUGUCCAGGUCUUCUGGGGUUUGGAUAAAAAGCUUGCCCAGCGUAAGCACUUCCCAUCGGUCAACUGGUCAGCAUCGUACUCCAAGUACACCAACGUCUUGGCUGGUUUCUACGAGAAGGAAGAUCCCGAGUUCAUCUCACUCCGUAACAAGACCCGUGAGAUCUUGCAGGAGGAGCAGGAUUUGUCCGAGAUUGUCCAGCUGGUCGGAAAGUCUGCCUUGGCUGAGAAGGACAAGAUUGUUUUGGAGGUUGCCAAGUUGAUCAACGACGAUUUCUUGCAGCAGAACGGAUACUCCAACUAUGAUCGUUACUGCCCCUUCUACAAGACUGUGUGGAUGUUGCGCAACAUGUUGUUCUUCUAUGACCAGGCUGUUCACACUGUCGAGUCGUCGCAGAACAUCACCUGGGCCAGGAUCAGGGAUUCGCUCGGAGACUUGGUUUACAAGCUCAGCUCCAUGAAGUUUGAGGAUCCCGAUGAUGGUGAGCAGGUCCUUCGCGAGAAGUACUCUAACCUCUACAAAGAGAUCGAGGACAAGUUCAGGACGUUCUUGGACUCGAACUAA